AUAAUAAAUAAAUGUCUGAGACAAAAUUUGUUGAUGAAAAUUCAUUAAUAGGGAUAGCAGCAUCAUUUUGGUAAUAAUACUCAACAAAGACUCCUCAGAAAUUGAAAAUAAUGGAUGCAUUUUCAUUAUAUUGUUUUGUGCUUUUAAUAAUUUAAUUAUUUUAUUGUGGAUUAGUAGGUGAUUUUCCAAGAAAUUCAUUUUUAUCUGGAAUAUUUGCAUCAGGAGGUGCAUUAACAAUAAAUAGUAUGAAUAUAGAUAGAUGAUUAGUAUGUUUAAGGAAAUAAUUGAAUUCUGAAACAAGAUAUAUGAGUAUUUCAAAUGAGAGAGCAUUUUGGGAAUAUUUGGCAGCUAUGAUAGUGUUAUUUUUGACAGUGAUAAAUUUUUUGGGUUGA